AUGGAGGAGAAGGUGAAGCUGUCAAAGGACAGCACUGCCCCCUUGGUGGACGCCACGAGCUACCGGAGCAUCGUCGGCGCACAGCGUUACCUCACGCACACGCGGCAGGACAUUGGGUUCGUCGUGGGGUACGUGAGCCGGUUCAUGGCGGAGCCGCGGGAGGAUCACCUCGUCGCGGUCAAGCAUCUGCUCCGCUAUGUGGCAGGGACGCGCGACUACGGGCUCGUCUACCCAAGGAGGAGCAGAGGAGAGCUGGAGCUGAUUGGGUUCAGUGACAGCGACAUGGCGGGCGACGUUGAUGGACGAAGGAGCACGACUGGUGUGCUCUUCUUCCUUGGAGCGUGCCCGAUCUCCUGGCAAUCGAUGAAACAGAAGGUCGUUGCGCUGGAGCUCACCGGAGAAGAAGCUCGGGCACCUGUCCUGAUGGUGGACAACCAGUCCGCCAUUACUUUGGCAAAGAACCCCGUCCACCAUGACCGAAGCAAGCACAUCGACACUAAGUUUCACUUCACCCGUGACUGCGUCGAUGGUGGACAGAUCAAGCUCGAGCACGUCGAGACUGCUCGACAGCUUGGGGACAUCCUCACCAAGCCACUUGGGCGCGUUCGACUCACAGAGUUGAGGACCAAGAUUGGAGUUGAGGAAAUCAAGCAAGAGCAGUGCAAUUAG